AUGGUUGUCCUCGCUCCUCGAUUCACCCUUCUAGCUGCUCUUGCGUCCAUUGCUGCAGUCUCGGCCUUGCCUGCUCCCGCGGAAGGUGCUGUAGUUCAAGUUCGCUACAGGGAUCAGGAGUCAAACACGGUCACCGCUACGCAUCAUCGCUCAACUCAUGAUGUCGCGCAUACUGCCUCUGCGGACGCAUCCAGAUCGUCUGACUCCACCGACAAGAAGGAUAGCAAGCCCGAGCAUCACACCCAACCUGUCCUCGCGCUACCAUCUCCCAAGACCGACGCAGUCUCAGGGAAGAGGACCAGCAAGCACUCCUCGGCUUUGAAGGAGGCGAAGGACGACGGGCAUGACGAGAAGCACGAGCAUGACAAGGAGAAGAGAGCCGAUUUGAAUUUUGUCCAUUCGGUCGCGCAGUUUGAUGAACUCUGGGUCGGACCUCCUCACGGCAGAUUCAACAUGAAAGUCGUCAGCCAGCCUCCCACGGUCAAUAAGAGGCAUCGUCACGAUCACGGCCACGACAGGAUCAUCGUGAAGGGCGAUCACGACCAUGUCAACGUCCGGCGCUCCUGGCAUGACCAUCAUGACAAGGUUGUGGUAAAGGGUGACGAUGACCAUGUUCAUAUCCAUCGCUCUCCCAGGUCACAUCGUCACCACGGCAAAGUCAUUGUCAAACGUGAUUAUCAGCAUGUUAACGUUCGCCGGUCACCGGUCCCGGAGCCACACCACCAUGACCACGACGAACAUGAUGACCACGACAAGGUGAUCGUCAAAGGUGACCAUAAUCAUGUCAACGUUGUUCGGGAACUCCCCAUGUCGCGGCCAAUCUACGUCGUCGGAAGUUCUGACAAGCCUUACUUCGCCGCGCUCAUGAGACGGGAUGGCUCACAAGCUCCAGGUGUGCCUGGUUCCAUCGAUAUCAUGAGUCAAACGGCGAACUCCACUACGGGUCAGAAGAUUGCCUCUCUCGUCUUGUCUCCAGCAGACAACAGCACGGACAGUUCUGAAAACUCAACGACUGCUAGCUUCGUUCUCAAUGCCUCAGGCACGGACCAGACGCAGAUCUACCUUGUGGCGUGGACAUCUGACUCGUCCAACUCGACCGCCUCUGGCAACUCGACUUCUCCGUCAGACUCGUCCAAUUUGAACUCCACGAUGGUAGAUCCAUCUUUCAUCAAAGUCAGGUUGCAGGUCCUUGUCUUCGAUGCGUUCGCUGCUCAGAUGGAUAAGUACUGCGCGACGUUCGAUGCCAACCCGCCUGCACCGUCGCCCAUGACGGUCGAGCCCUGCCGGAGAGACGCGGAGGGUACUGAGCACGCCAGCCAGGUUUUCGCGUACGAGCCAGGCACGGGCGUUGUCCGGCCGCUGUGGUACACCGACAGAGACGACGUGACAGGCGACUCUGGCACGGCUGAUCCUGGAGACCCUUCUCGCUCAUUGAACUCGACCAUGGUGAGCACUUCUACCUUGGCAAGCAGCUCGGCAAUGGCUAGCGCAACGGCAUCGGCGAGUGAUAGGAUGGCGAGCCUUCAGCAGGAGUCCGGUGAUGCGACAGUGCCACCAUUCCGCGCGUCAUUUGCGAAAAUGUUCGACGCGCCCGCGUUUGCGCAAGCGCAGAAUGUGACGCUCGUGUUCACCCCUGCGGCGCCGGAGGUGAUCUCAGAGAAGACUGCGCAAGUCCCGGAUGACGAUGACGAUGAUGAAUCGGACGAUGGCAGCGACGACAACUCAAGUGAUUCUGCGACAUCUGAUCCUACUGGUGUUACCACUUCUGCCUCUGGUACAGCUUCUGCCUCUACCUCUACCUCUGUGACCAGCCUACCUUCGGUGACUACCAUGAGUUCUGCUGCCUCGUCUACGGCUACUGUCUCAGAUACGUCUUCUGCUUCGAACAGCACCAUGCCGGUCUUCUCUGCAUCCAACAUCAUCUCUGCGGCCAAGUUCGCGUCGAUGACUGUCUCGGCUACUUCUUCUGACACGAGCUCCCCUAUUGGAUCUGUGUCUGCGUCCACGGAUUCCGCAAGUUCAAGUAUGAGUGCCACUGCUGUGCCAGCUUCUCUCGCGGUGGAAGUGUAUGACCCAGCAGCCACUGCUUCUAGUUCGAGUUCGUUCUCGGGCAACACCUCUGCGUCUAUCUCUGCAACCCCGGUCUCGUCCAGUGCAAAUGGCUUGAGCUCUGUGAUCUCUACAGCUUCUGCGUCUGCGACUGGCUCUACCGACAUGCAGGACUUUGUGGCGAGCCUCAAUAUGAGCACUACCAAUGUGCCAACGAACAGUAGCUCCAUGACAGCGAGCAGUACGAGCUUGGCGCUGACGAUGACGACUUCAAGCGCGGCGCCAUACGAAUGGAUGUUCCACGAAGGCACGAUCAAAGAGCAGCGGGUUUAG